GCUGGUGCGCCGCCGCGCGUCGAUGUGCUGCAAAAGUUUAUCGGUGCAGAGUAUCCGGUUACUGGUGACAAGCUAACGCUUCGCCAGCUCCAGUCCGAGGUGGCGCUGAUGCUUGUUGCUGGCACCGACACUACCAGCAACACGAUAACGUAUGCGAUUGUUCAUCUGCUUCACAACCCAAGCGUUUACAAGCGUGUCACCGAGGAAGUCCGCUCUACAUUCCCAGAUAGCUCCCAGGUCAUCUCGUUUAAGGACGCGAAAGCCAAGCUACCGUACCUCUCGGCAGUCAUCUAUGAGACAAUGCGAAUCAACCCCCCAGUCUCAGGCAUGCUUCCACGCAGCGCUCCAGCGAAGGGGAUAACAAUUCAGGGAUACAACAUCCCGCACGAUACGCAGAUUGGCGUGUCAAUCGCCGCUUGUCACCGCAAUCCGCAUACAUGGAAGAACCCGAUGUAUUUAACCCUGAGCGUUUCCUUGGUCCCGACUCAGCAGAGCGAGUCAAGGAUACACUGGUAUUUAUUUCAGGCGUUCGCGUUUGUAUCGGACGAAACCUUGCUUGGCUUGAACUUUACACGGUUCUUGCCAACACCCUGCGCAAGUACGAUUUCUCGUUGCCCGCGGAUGCGCCCUAUGGACCACAUAGGCUGGGCAAGUCUGGUAUUCCAGUUGAAAUUCCGGCUGUGUCCCCACAUCGGUACUAACCUGGAGAGUCCAAAGAGUAAUUGCUGAGUCGUUAUCUGACCAGCAAUACCAGACUAUAUUUGGCGAAAUAUAAACAUUUAGCAUGAAUUACCAGCUACUUGCCUAUCCAGCAGGCUUUAAGUGUAACCCUUGUGGUAUCAAGGAUACAAAAGUCUGACAGAUAUUGCAAGAAAAGAUCAGGGUCUGUGGGCAAGUGAAAGUAGGAGGGGAGUGCUCGUGAAGGCGUAUGUGGUCC